AUGAGAAUCACCCCUGUUAUCCUGCCAGCGGCCCUCUGGUCCACUCUUGCGCUGGCCCUGCCGGCGCAGCCUGAAGGACGCCAGGCAUACGUGCCCUGCUCCGGCCUCUACGGCACUGCUCAGUGUUGCGCGACCGACGUCCUUGGUCUUGCGGACCUCGACUGUGGCGGCCCCGUGACUACGCCUGCCAACGCAACCGACUUCAGCGCCAUCUGCUCCGCCAUUGGCCAGCGCGCUCGCUGUUGUGUGCUCCCUGUUUUGGACCAGGGCAUUCUCUGUCAAACCCCGGCUGGUGUCGACGACUAA